AUGGUCGAUGAUUUUGUCAAAUGUGAUAUCAUUGCCCAGCACCCUUUUUCCGGUCGGCCGGACAUCAUUGACAUGGUCAUCAGUCCACUCCUUAAACCACUCCACAACCCUCUGUCCUUGCUUGCCCAAAAUGCCUUGCAACCAACCAUUCACAAUUUUGUCAAACUGCCCACUCCCGCUGAACGCAUUGAAAUAAUCCUGCACCUUGCUCUUAAUCCCCUCGAGGCCGGAGCCACCGGAGUUAUGCCAAUUAUUUUCUCCCGCCUGCCCCUUAAUCUUUUCAACUUCCCCUUUAAUAUGAUCGAGAAUCUUUUCCAACUUUUUUGCAUUUUCCCCGCUGAGCCCAUCAAACGUCCCGCCAAGCCCCUCAAUCGCCUUGUCAACUUCACCGACUUUCUGGCUAAGCGGAGUUUGGAUAUGAUUAUCAAAAUUACUGUCAAGGCCAUUCACCGCUCGCUGAAUUGA